AUGGUGGCCUGCUUCCGGGGCGUCGCCCGGGCGCUCGACGGCCACCGCCUCGAUCCGCAGGAGGGCGCUGCUGCGGCCGCGGAGGACGGCUCCGCCACCUGGACCGCGCCAGCACCGAGCCCCAGCUACGACCUCGUGGGGAAGUUCGAGAGGCCGCAGAAGGGGCCGAAGAUACCUGAGGAGCUGAUGCACGGGCUGCACGAGAUGCGGGAUCGGCUGAUCGAGCAGGAGGAGACGAAGAAGAAGGCGCGCGAGGCCGAGCAGCGCCCCUGCCUUGGUGCAGAGCUGCCGCCAGAUGCCCGCAAUCGCAAGGCGCCCGAGGUGAUCGUCACCGAGGAGGCCGCUGGAAAGCGCAAGCCGGAGUGCGGAGACAGCGUGCGCAUCGGCUAUUCCGUCGUCCUUGCAGAGGACGACGCGCCGAUCAUGGACAUGUGCUCGGACUUCGAGUACGUCCUCGGGGGCGCUCCUCGCGGCACUGGGCAGCUCACUGCGGAUGCGCUGGAUCGCAUGUUGGUGCAGCUGCGCAGGGGCCAGGUGGCGUCUGUGCAAUGCACCCUGGGCGACCUUUUCCUUCCCGACUCGCCCCAGGUGAGGGAGCACGGGCCAGAGACCAGUGCCGUGUGCGAGGCAAGGCUCUUCGAGAUUUACCAGACGAGAGACUGCUCCUUCCAGAAGGGCGCCGGCGCAGUCUUCAAGGAGGUGGUGAAGGAGGGCGUGGGGGCGUGGUGCGAUACCCCGACCGACGAGGGGACGGCUCUCCUGCGGGUGGAGGAGGUCACCACCGACGACGGAACCAGGCUGUACCCGCUCGGCGGUGAGGUCCCGAUCGAGCAGUGGGUGGUCCCUGGCAACGGGCAGGUCUGCGACGCGCUCGAGUGUGCCAUGCUGGAGAUGAGGCAGCACGAGACUGCUCUUGUCACCUGCAAGGAUCCAGCCUUCUUCGCCGAUGGCCAGCCCGAGCUGGAGGUGGCUCCCGGAGGCGGCGCCACGUACCGCGUGACGCUCCUCGACUACACGAAGGGCCCAGACGUCUGGAGCUUCUCCGAGGAGGAGCGGCUGAAGUUCGCAGAGCGGCGCAAGGCGAUUGCCAACGCGCUCUUCAAGAAGGGCCGCCACCGCCUCGCCCACGAGCGGUACCGGCGCAUCGAGGAGCUGUUCCACCACCUGGAUCGGCCGAAGGGGAGCACCGUCAGCCCCGUCAGGGACAGGUUCCUGGGGAAGCCCGAGCUCGCCCAGAGCUGCAAGGAGACGAUCCGGAGCGCCUGCCGGCUCAACAUGGCGGCCUGCUGCCUCAGGUUUGGCGACCCCGCCGGCGCCAAGCGGGCGUGCGAUGCGGUGCUCCUGGCCGAGCCCGAGAACAUCAAGGCGCUGUACCGCCGCGCGCAGGCGUUCGUGCGGCAGCGGGACUUCGUGCAGGCGUGCCGAGACCUCGAGCGGCUGCUCGACAUCGACGGCAGCCUGGAGGAGGCCCGGGCUCUUCACGGGAGGGCAGCGAGCGCGCGGAGGGCCUCGGACAAGCAGCAGCGCAGGGACUUCCACUUCGGGGCCACGUUCGGCGGGAUGCAGGACCCUCGCUCCGUCAAGUGGGACUACACAGACGCGGCGAUGGACGGCCCUGACAUGGAGGCCGCGCCGGUAUCUUCGCAGUACGAGCCGAAGAGGCUGCGCGCGAUCAAGGCUUAG